AAAAAAAAGAUCGAACUCAAAUGUCACGGUAGAUCUCUGAUACGACGAGCUUGGGGGUCCAAGUUACUGGAAACAACUCUCGCCAUAAUAUCUAAUCCUGAUUCGUCAAGGAUCGUCUUUAUUACCUAUCUUUUUAAGGCUAAAGACGGACAGGACUAAAAUGUUAAGAUAUCCUCUCUGAUACGAACGUGGGGUUCUGACUUGUAACGCUCGAGAAAAUACUCUCACCAUGUUGAAACAAGUAGCACGGUUUAGCAUGGAUUUAUUGUUAAGACAUGCAGAUUUAACUCAUGGAGAUUACAAUCGAAGGAAGAAAUUUAGUGUGGAACCUUGUACAGACAUGAUAUACUCGUGACAACAUGUACAGUAACAUGAUAAAAUAUAUAUUUGCGACUAUAUGAAGACACUCCUGGAUUAAGUUGUAGGACAGCUAAACCAAAAAAAAAGAGGGGUGCAGUAAUGACCACACGAGGAAUCCUUAAGUUCACUGUACCGCUUGAGGGAAGACUGAUAUACCCUCAAGCAGACGACCAUCCGUACUCGGACAACCGAAUCACGUUCCAGCACAUGACGCCGAGACGGAAGAUUGAUCCAUUUGGUCGUGAUGCAACCAAUGCCUCCGAUUUCUUUCUCUCUGCCGCUGUGUACCCCACCGGUGUCCGCGCCCCGCCCUUAGCAGAAUUGCAGCAAUUUGGACAUCUGCUUAAGAGCGAUGACAUGAAGGAUUCAAAUACUAAACUCGGCUGGACCGACGAUGGAGCAGGACCCGUUCCAAAGAUACUGACGCUAAAGAAGUACCAAAACAACAAUGAUGUCAGUACGGAACAGAAGUCGUCUGAGAGUAUUCAGGCAGUAGACAUGUUAACCAGGUUGAAACCUUAUCACUGGGAUGGCGUGAACGGACUGAGGAAAAGUAAGAGCGAUGUCAGAGACCCGUGUUAUAUUUACCAAUACUGCGCCGACGAGAGACCACUGAGGUACAACAAGAACAGCAACCUUCCAAGGAUAUCAUCAUCGCGGCCGUGGUCUGUCGGCGAAUCGAAUCCGUCCAAGCACAUGUUCACGUCUGGCUCGACGGAGAACCGCACGGACGCAUCGCCGGCAGCUAGCAGGCACCUGGUGAAGGAGAACACGGGCUUUCACAACGUGAGGAAAUGCCGUCCUUUCAAGCCGCUGUCGUUUCGUCCCAUCUCCGAGAGCGAUCUGAAGAAGCCCCUGUUAGAGGUUAGACACAUAUCGACUAGAGACCAGCGGAACCAGCUCAAAGGUCAGGACGGGUGUCUGUUCUCCCAGGUGAAGCAGUGCAUCCGACUGAUGCGAAAUCACGACGCCAUGAAGGCUAGAACAAUCGACCGACCGCUGAAAGCUGAGGUGGGGAGGUACAGGCCGUUCUCCACCACCAAGAUCAGGACACCGUGCAUGACACCGCCCACGAUCGCCCACUUCAGAGAUCAUAAUUCCGCAGAGACGUACAAGCAGUAUGUUCAGAUACAGACUCUCAAAUCGAAGUUACCGGGGAAGUCGGCUGGGACUCUGGCCAGCGGCAACUUCGCCAGGAACAAUACGGCGGCGUCAAUGUAUUACGACGUGGACGCCCAUCUUGUCCAGACAGUAAUCGACAGCAACAUACCUCCCGAACCAAGAAAGCUGAACAUGUCUAGAAAGAGAUCCGACAUCUCGCUGGAUACGAAAACACCGAACGAUCAGCGCAACAUCGAUCUGGACAUCGUGGGGACUCCUAUAUCGUCCACCAGACCACGAGUCGCGGAGCAGGAGGAGGAACGGGACGCGUCGAGAAAGCCGAGUGGGGGGAGCCGGGUUCCAGAAGGUUCGAUGAAGUCCUUCGAUCAGCCGGACGUCCCUGCAGGCCUUCAGGAAGAAGAGGAUGUGGACGCCGCAGUUAAUGACUCGCUGAUAUCGCUAGACGAACUGGGAAACCCAAUGAUCUGGGACCAGAGCGACGAGGAUGAGGAAGAAAUCGUCAAGGAGGAUCCGAAUGUGAUAAAAAUUCCAGCAGUGUCUGUCGCCUCAGUUUUGAGCGUGGAUGAUGGAGACACGGUAGUUGAUGAUGACCCCAAUGCUGGCACAGAAGACAAGGGUUGUUAGGUGAAGUGAUGAUGAUGAUGAUCUUUGUUUUGGAGAGGGAAGACAUGGGGUUUUGAUUGAUUAUUACCCUUGUUUUGAGGAGAGAAGACAAGUGGUGUUAGGUGAAUUGAUGGUGAUCCUCGUUUUGGGAGAGAAGACAUGUGUCGGCAGAGAAGACAAAGUAGUAGAUCAAUUGAUCAUACUCCUAGUGUUUUGAUACAAGAGCAAUUUAGUGAAUUGAUGAUGAACCUUGCUAGUAUCAAGGGUGGAGACAUGGCUGUUAGGUGAAUUGAAGAUUACCGUAGUGCCUUGGAAAGAAGACGAGAGAUGUUUAGUAAAUUCCACGGUAUUUGAAUAAGGUACCUCGUUGUCAAAAUAUAACUUCCAUUGUUAGCCGCAACGUUAUGUAUAAGAAGAAACUAUUUCAAAUUGUUUAAUAAAUUUAUUCUAAAAAUA